AUGGAGCAGCAGGGAGGCAGCGGAGGAGUAGAUCCGGCCUCCUCCGGCCGGAUCCGGUGGCGAGGAGGACGAGGCGGCGCGGGCGCGGUGUCGGCAGAGCGGGGCGGCACGGUGUCGGCGGCCGGCAGCGAGGCGAACCACGGCGGCGUGGCGGCGCCGGCCGGUGAGGCGAAGGUGGCGAGGCAGCGGCGUCGGGCAGCAGGGCGCAGGAGGCGUGGGAAGGCGGCGUCCGGGCCGCGGGGGCCCGCUGUUGGCUGGGCGGGCCGCGGCGGUGGGAGCAGGCGGCGGCCGGGCGUGUCCGGCGGGUGUGGACACCGUCAACAAACUAAACAAGGAGAAACACCCCGGCGUCCCCCACCUCCCGACCUCCACCAACCCCCGCAGCCGCCCCAAUCCCCUAGCGUCCACCAGCCCUGUGCGCUGCGGCGCCGCCCUCGCUUCCUUCCGGCGCCCCGUCGGCCCACCUCCUCGGCCGCGCCGCGGAUCGGCCCCCUCCGCCGCGUCGCGGAUCCGCCCCCUCCUGGCAGAUCCCUCCCGCACGGCGAGCUAGAAGUUCGGAGCGCCACCACCGCUCCCUUCUCCAGCGACCCCUCCCGCACGGCGAGCUGGAUGCAGUUGACCCCCGGGGCUUGGGCAGUUCAGCCCAUCCGGCGAGCACGGCCGUCUCCUGCCACCCCCAAUAGAUGCGACCCAGCGGGUCCGAUGGAUGCUCACACCGGGAGGCGGUGCUGCUCCGGCAAGCUCCUUCUUCCUCGAGCACAUUCGUCUCCAGCUGCCUUCGAACAGCCGCGACCCACCGAAUCCGACGGAUGCUCACGCGUCCUUGAGUGCGGCACGUCGACAACAACCUCCUUGUUCUCGUUCCCUCCUCCAUCCCCGAGCACAACUUCGACGAGCCUGUCGACAGUGGCCGCGAUAGUGGGCAUGGUGGUGGCCUUCGUGCAGCCGCCGAUGCGGUCAAAACAUUCAAUGCCUGUAGAGGCCCUCAUAUGCGUUCCAUUGAGAAAGCAAAAGCGUUGGGUUCAGUCUGAAAAAGUACGGCAAUUCAUUCACAUAUAUUGUGUUACCUCUGAACCAGAGAGUAAAUCACACAAAUGUAGCUCCUUUACUCUACAGGUUUGUCAUACAUUCGACGUUGGUGGCUUUUGUGCUAUUCUGCUCAAGAAAAAUGAUCUUUGGGGAACUUUGCUAGUAGUAGACACAAAGUGUGCUUUUAAAUACCUACAGAGCAUCAUAUCAUCUAUAUUUGUUUUGAAAUGCUAUGCAUAUCCAUUAUGGCCGCAAAAAUAUGCAUGGUUGACUGGCAGAAGUUCACUACGAGUUGUCAUAUUAUUCUUCAGAGUUCAGAUAAUUGUAUUUUGGGCCGCUGGAACCUGAUGGCUCAAGCUUGUAAAAGGAUAUUCAGAAGUUCGAAAAUAAAAAAUAGUGUCAUGUGUUGCUGCGUC